AUGGACGCGUCGCUUCAGGCCUGCCUGUUUCCCGGUCUCGUUAUCAAGAUCCAACGCAGUAAUGGCUUAAUUCACAGUGCCAACGUAAGCACUGUGAACUUGGAGAAAUCCUGCGUUUCAGUGGAAUGGAUAGAAGGAGGUGCCACAAAAGGUAAAGAGGUUGAUUUUGAUGAUGUGGCUGCAAUAAACCCAGAGCUCUUACAGCUACUUCCCUUACACCCAAAAGACAAUCUGCCCCUGCAGGAAAAUGUAACAGUCCAGGUAGGUGCCUGUCAUUUGGCUGCAGCCAGUGCCACAGAGGAUUCACUUUGCUUGUUGGCUCUUUACCAAGCAGGGACUGUCUCACCUCUUUAUGGUCUUGAGGAAAAAGCCACAGAGACUGAAGAACACAGGAUAUGUGUCUGUGUUAGAAAACGUCCACUGAAUAAACAAGAACUGGCCAAGAAAGAAACUGAUGUGAUUUCCAUUCCUAGCAAGUGUCUUCUCUUGGUACAUGAACCCAAAUUAAAAGUGGACUUAACAAAGUAUCUGGAGAACCAAGUGUUCUGCUUUGACUUUGCAUUUGAUGAAACAGCUUCAAAUGAAGUCGUUUACAGGUUCACUGCAAGGCCACUGGUACAGACAAUCUUCGAAGGUGGGAAGGCAACUUGUUUUGCAUAUGGCCAGACAGGAAGUGGCAAGACACAUACUAUGGGCGGAGACCUCUCUGGGAAAGCCCAGAAUGCAUCCAAAGGGAUCUAUGCCAUGGCCUCCCAGGAUGUCUUUCUCCUGAAGAAGCAGCCCCGCUACCGGAAUCUGGGCCUGGAAGUCUAUGUUACGUUCUUUGAGAUCUACAAUGGGAAGCUGUUCGACUUGCUCAACAAGAAGGCCAAGCUGCGUGUGCUGGAGGACGGCAAGCAACAGGUGCAGGUGGUGGGGCUGCAGGAACACCUGGUAAACUCUGCUGAUGAUGUCAUCAAGAUGAUCGACAUGGGCAGCGCCUGCAGGACUUCUGGGCAGACGUUUGCCAACUCCAACUCUUCCCGCUCCCACGCCUGCUUCCAGAUUCUUCUUCGAGCCAAAGGGAGAAUGCAUGGCAAGUUCUCUUUGGUGGACCUGGCAGGGAACGAGCGAGGUGCAGACACUUCCAGUGCUGACCGGCAGACCCGUAUGGAGGGUGCAGAAAUCAACAAGAGUCUCCUGGCCCUGAAGGAGUGCAUCAGGGCUCUGGGCCAGAACAAGGCCCACACCCCAUUCCGUGAGAGCAAGCUGACACAGGUGCUGAGGGACUCCUUUAUUGGGGAGAACUCAAGGACUUGCAUGAUUGCCAUGAUCUCGCCAGGCAUAAGCUCCUGUGAAUACACUUUAAACACACUAAGAUAUGCGGACAGGGUCAAGGAGCUGAGUCCCCAUAGUGGGCCCAGUGGAGAGCAGCCAAUUCAAAUGGAAACAGAAGAGAUGGAAGCCAGCUCUAAUGGGGCCCUGAUCACAGGCAAUUUCUCCAAGGAAGAGGAGGAACUGUCUUCCCAGAUGUCCAGCUUUAACGAAGCCAUGACCCAGAUCAGGGAGCUGGAGGAAAGGGCCAUGGAAGAGCUCAAGGAGAUCAUCCAGCCAGACUAUGACCUAGAGACCUUUGUGAACAAGGCAGAAUCUGCCCUGGCUCAGCAAGCCAAGCACUUCUCAACCUUGCAAGAUGUCAUCAAGGCCUUGCGCCUGGCCAUGCAGCUGGAAGAGCAGGCUAGCAAACAAAUAAGCAGCAAGAAAUGGCCCCAGUGACAACUGCAAAUAAAGAUCUGUUCGGUUUCACACCCAGCCUCUUACCCUCCCCCAGUGAACUUUGGACAUCUGGAAGGUCUGUUCAGGGUCUGAGCUGGGAUAGGCUUUGAUAAA